AUGGCUACAUCCGAUGGAAAUGGAAUAGACGGCUGUCUUUUGCAACGAGGCAAAUCUCAAAGUGACCCAAACCUACUCACCGAAUCCGGCAUCGAUCUAAAGCAUGGUGUGGAGGUGAUGGACCAGCAGAGGGUUCUACAUAGUGGCUGCCUGGUAUUGGGGGUGCACACCCCGCCCAUCCGCCGCAACAGCAAGCUGGCGAGCCUGGGGCGCAUCUUCAAACCCUGGAAGUGGAGGAAAAAGAAAAACGAGAAGCUGAAGCAGAGCUCCACAGAUGUGGCAUUGUCCAGUGGGUGUCUCUCUCCAGAGCCCGGUUCCCCCUUGCAGGGCUCCUCAGAUGGGACAUGCAUGUUUGGGGUGUCGCUCAAUGCCACUCUAACAGUCAGCAGUGUGGAGUAUUUGGGCCCCGAAGAGGAACUCCCCCCGCCAGCUGAGCCUCCAGGGGACUGUGAGCCAGAGGGAAAUAGCAGUCAAAAUACAGAGGAAGAGGAGGAGGAGGGAGAGAAGGAGGCGGGAGAGAAGGAGGCGCAGCCUGGUGCCGAUGCCUCUGAGGAGGUCCAGGAGGGAGGAGAAAAGACAGAGAGGCAUGAAGAGGAAAUACCUCGAGGAACCACACCACCACCAGUAGCGGCCAAACCGGUGAUGCCACAGAUGAGCAGUGGCGAUGACCCAUCUGCUGUGCCCUCACACUUGGUCAACUCUUUCCUGCCUAAAGAGCCACCUAGGACUCCCGAGAGCCUGGCCCCCAUGGUGGCCCUGCGAGGGCCCGUCUCCAACCCCUCAGGGUCUCCUCACCUCGCCAAUAUUAUGCACCUUCCCAUGCCCCCUAGCUGUAUCAUGGAGGAGCUACAACGAGCGUUUGCCUCAAAGGCGAACCGGCAGGAAAGCUCGGAGAAUACAUCGGUGGCGAGCGGCGGCGUUGUCGACUGGCUACACCAAGCAGAGCGGAAGAAGGAGGCAGAAGAGAACAAGGAGAACGUGCGGCUGGACCAGUGCUUCUCCGACGCCUCGGGCCUCCCCCACGAUCAGGACGACUGGAACGACUCCGUCAUCUCUGGUACACUACCUCGCAGGCUAAGGAAAGAGCUCUUGGUGGUGAAGCUUCGGAAUCGACCCAGCAAAGAGGAGCUUGAAGACCGGAAUAUCUUCCCAGCGCGGACUGAACAGGAGCGUCAGGAAAUACGCCAGCAGAUCGAGAUGAAACUCACCAAGAGACUCAGCCAGAGACCAAAUGUGGAAGAGUUGGAGAGUCGGAAUAUCCUAAAACAGAGAAAUGACCAGACAGAACAAGAAGAGAGGAGGGAGAUCAAACAGAGGCUCAACAGAAAGCUCAAUCAGCGGCCCACAGUUGACGAGCUACGGGACCGAAAGAUUCUCAUCCGUUUCAGUGACUAUGUAGAGGUGGCCAAAGCUCAGGAUUACGACCGAAGAGCAGACAAGCCCUGGACUAGGCUCUCUGCAGCCGAUAAGGCGGCUAUCCGAAAGGAGUUGAACGAAUUCAAAAGCACCGAGAUGGAGGUGCACGCCUCGAGCAAGCACCUUACGAGGUUCCACAGGCCGUGAAUACGAAGGGGAGUUUCUUCCGUGAAGAAAUAAUGCUGAGCCUAGAAUUUUCGGUUGCUGCGUCGGUGGCGGUUAGAAACUGCCGGAGCCCGGAGGACAUUCUUCCAGAGCCCAUUCCUUUGUCUGCAGGGUGUCCUCAAUUCCUCCAGCGCGCCCCUAGGUUUCGUCGAGGGGAGGUGGACAGACGGUAAUGUUUGGGGGUGUGGCAGUGAAUCCCGGAGGCUGUGUCUCCAACGUGGGAGCUGACUGGAGGAAGAAGACUAAAGACAGAACCUCGAACUCGGACUCCGUCUAUCUGCCUGUCGGUUAAGAUGGAGCUGAGGGAAGAACAAUGCCUGUGUGUACGUGUUUUUUCAAACUGACUCCUUUGAGAAGGUGGCGAAUACGUACAGGGAAGAUGACGUUGUGCAUGUGACCAGCUUCACCUUUUCUUUUUUUGAAUAACGUGUCACUUGAGGAGGAUGGGGGGGGACUGUGUGGUCGGUCGUGGGUGAAUUUCGUACCAACUGUAUAUAUGUCAAUCUGAACCGGACUGUCAAUGUCUUCACUCAAAAGAGAGAACCUUUGUAAGCACUACUUGUCUUCAAAAU